CUGUUGUCUUGCAGAGGAAUAAGUGGAAUUAAUUAAUUAAGCGAUAUAUAUUAAUUCAUGGGGGAGCCUAAGGGAAACAACCUGCUGCAGACCCUCGAUCUCGCGAAGACGCAAUGGUACCACUUCACGGCGAUCAUCGUCGCCGGCAUGGGGUUCUUCACCGACGCCUACGACUUGUUCAGCAUCUCGCUCCUGACGAAGUUGCUCGGGAGGAUCUACUACACGGAUUACACUUCUCCUAAACCGGGGAUACUGCCGGCGAACGUCUACGCCGCCGUGACCUGCGUCGCCCUCUGCGGCACCUUAGCCGGCCAGCUCUUCUUCGGCUGGCUGGGCGACAAGCUCGGCCGGAAGUCGGUCUACGGAGUCACCCUCAUACUGAUGGUGCUGUGCUCCGUCUGCUCCGGCCUAUCCUUCGGCCACAGGGCCAAGACCACCAUGACCACGCUCUGCUUCUUCCGCUUCUGGCUCGGUUUCGGCAUAGGCGGCGACUACCCGCUCUCCGCCACCAUCAUGUCGGAGUACGCCAACAAGAAGACCAGGGGAGCCUUCAUCGCCGCCGUGUUUUCGAUGCAGGGGUUCGGCAUCCUCGUCGGAGGUAUCGUCUCCCUCAUCGUCACCUCGUCCUACAACAACAAGUACCCGCGUCCGCCCUACGAAGUCGACCCUGUGGGAUCAUUGCCGGCGCAGGCGGACUACGUGUGGCGCAUCAUCCUCAUGCUCGGCGCCGUCCCCGCCGCCAUUACCUACUACUGGCGCAUGAAGAUGCCAGAGACCGCCCGCUACACCGCCCUCAUUGAGAAGAACGCCAAGAAGGCCGCCGCCGACAUGUCCAAGGUGCUUAACAUGGACGUGGACGAGGAGGAAGCGGCGCGGGUGAUGAAGAAGCAGAAGCCGGAGUUCGGUUUGUUCUCGAAGGAGUUCUUGAGGCGGCACGGGAUCCACCUGCUGGCGACGACCACCACCUGGUUCUUCCUCGACAUCGCCUUCUACAGCCAGAACCUGUUCCAGAAGGACAUAUUCAGCGCGGUGGGGUGGAUCCCCAAGGCGAGGACGCUGAGCGCGCUGGAGGAGGCGUUCAAGGUGGCGCGGGCGCAGACCAUCAUCGCGCUCUGCGGCACCGUGCCAGGCUACUGGUUCACCGUCGCCUUCAUUGACGUGCUGGGUCGCUUCUGGAUCCAGAUCAUGGGCUUCUUCUUCAUGACCGUCUUCAUGCUCGGCAUCUCCAUACCGUACCACCACUGGACCACUUCCGGCAACCACGCCGGCUUCAUCAUCAUGUACGCCUUCACCUUCUUCUUCGCCAACUUCGGGCCCAACAGCACCACCUUCAUCGUGCCUGCGGAGAUCUUCCCAGCCCGGCUGCGGUCGACGUGCCACGGCAUCUCGGCCGCCUGCGGCAAGCUGGGGGCCAUCGUGGGCUCCAUCGGUUUCCUCUACGCCUCGCAGAGCCCCCACGCUUCGGAAAGGGACCCGGGCUACUCCGCGGGAUUCGGAGUCAGGAAGGCCCUCAUCAUGCUCGCCGCCACCAAUUUCGUCGGACUCGCCUUCUCGCUGCUGGUGCCCGAGUCCAAGGGCAUCUCGCUCGAGGAGAUGGCCCAGGAGCUGGACGACGACGCCCACGACGACGGCUAUAACGAAAAGCAACGCACAGUUCCUGUUCCUGUCUAGCUAGAUAUAUCAAACCUAAACUUCUGAAUGAUAUAUAUAUAUAUAUAUAUAUAUAUAUAUCGAUCUCUUUCCCCGUCUUCAUCCUCAAAAUCAAAAAACGGCGAUCGAUCCAUCCAUCGAUCUCUCAGUGUGCUUUAAUAUAAUAUGGAUAUAUGUACGUACGUGUGCUUCGAUGUCAUCUUGGUUUACUGUUUCUGCUUUCAUCCUAAUUAACUAUACCCAUCGGUCUUUGAA